UAAAUAGCUAAACUCUUAUUCUCUCUCAUUAGGCACUCUGCACUCGGUCGUCUCUCCCCGUCUCCCGCUCGAUCUCUGUCAGUCCGUAUCCACUCUCUAGUUCCACUCUCCUAUCCGAUAGUCCUUUCUCCUCGUCGGCUGUCGCAACUGCUCGUCGGCUACAUCAACUCAUCAAGGACUGCUCGUCUUCUCCAUCGACAUUCGGCCAUCAAGGACUGCUCGUCUGUGACUGUAAGAUGGAAGAAAUUGGAAGUAGGGUAAGUGAAUGUGGGAGAAAGCUUACCUAACACUUCAUCUCCAAAUGAAGUUGAAGUUAAUGUUGAUACUUCAAGAAAAGAAAAGUCAUGGAAGCUCAAGUUGCUUGGUGGAAGCAUUUUGAUAAGUUCACUGACGAAAGUGGAUCUCCGAAAGUCAAAUUCAAGUAUUAUGGGAAAAUUUAUGCAGCUGCUACAAAAGAUGGAACUAGUGCAGAUAUUCUUACAAGUGAUGAUUGGAAAAAUGUGAGGUCAAUGGUAAAGUUUCUUGAAACUUUUUAUCUUCUUACUUUGAAGGUCUUUGGUUCAAAGUAUGUCACUAACAAUGUGGAUUUUGUGGAAAUUGCUGAACUUGAUCUUAUUUUGAAAGAGAUGAUGGAAAAUGAAGAUGGUAAUUUGAAAGAAAUGGCAAAAAAUAUGAGGAUAAAGUUCAGGAAGUAUUGGGGUGAACCAGAGAAAAUGUACAAGAUGAUCUUUAUUUCAUCUAUGUUGGAUCCCCGUAAUAAGCUUGAUUAUGUUCCUUUUGCUAUUGUGAAUAUGUUUGGAAAAGAAAUUGGGGACAGGCUAAUUGAAGCAGUGAAAACAUACAUGAAAGCUUUGUAUGGUUAUUAUGUUACGAAGUCAUCAAAAGACUCUUUAUUUCCAUCAUCUUCACUUACAUCAUCUGGAAACUCAUCAAGUACAUCUAGUGUGAGUGAUUAUGACAACUUUCAAAAAAAGGUACAAUGAGAACAAAACAGCAAUUUGAGAAGCAUAAAGAAGUUAGUGGAGGUUCAGGUAGUAAAUCAGAAUUGGAUAGAUAUCUUGCCGAAGAUAUUGAGUCAGAUAGUGAUGGCUUUGAUAUAUUAAUGUGGUGGAAAGUUCAUGAGGCAAAAUUUCCCAUUUUUGCGGAGAUGGCUCGUGAUGUGCUAGCCAUUCUUAUUUCAAGCGUCGCAUCAGAAUACGCAUUCUGCACAGGUGGUCGCAUUCUUGAUCCGUUCAGGAGUUCAUUGACUCCUAAACUGUGCAAUCUCUUAUUUAUCUUCAAGAUUGGCUUAGAAAUGAGUCUAUUCCAAUCAAUAUUAAGGAAGAUUUGGAGUAUCUUGAGCAACUUGAACUUGAUUUGCAGUGGUUGUCUAGUUUAUCCAUACACGUACAUCACUGUGUUGUUGUUUUCUAAGUUGCUGCCUCCUGGAACUAGAAGCUAUAAAAGUGCAUUAUGUUUGUUGCCUUGUUGGUCUUUUGGAGUUUUUGUUGCUGAUGCUGCGGUGCUGCAUACUGGAAGGCUGGAAGCUAUAGAAGGAAAAUAUUUUGUUAUUUUCUUAGCUAUAGAAUAUAGAAUAAAAGUGCUUGGUAAGUACCUCUUCAUCUGAAAGGACUAGAUGCUGCUGUUGAUUACAAGAACUCUAUGCAGCUUUAAGACUUGUUUUGCAUCAUACUUUAGCUUUUUGUGUGAUGGAAAAAUAAUUCUUUACAUUUGAGUUCUUUUUUGUAAAGGAAAAAUGAUGCUUUUUUUAAGUAAGGCUUUAGUUCUUGCUGCUGCUGUUUGGGUAUAGAUAGCAACUGGCACAACUUAUA